AUGACGUCACCAGGUACAGCGCAGGGCCGGAGCAAGGCUCAUGGGGCCCGAGGAGAGGGGCCCCAGAGGAGAGGGACCCCGAGGAGAGGGCCCCCAAGGAGAGGGGCCCCCGAGGAGAGGGACCCUGAGGAGAGGGACCCUGAGGAGAGGGACCCAGAGGAGAGGGACAGAGGGACCCCGAGGAGAGGGCCCCCAAGGAGAGGGACCCCGAGGAGAGGGACCCCCGAAAGUUAUAUAGUGUCAGUGUCAGACACUGACUCUGACACUAACAUUGACUCUGACUCUCACACUGACUCUGACACUGACACUGACACUGACUCCGACACCGACUCUGACACUGACUCUGACUCUGACUCUGACACUGACUCUGACUCUGACUCUGACUCUGACACUGACUCUGACUCUGACUCUGACACUGACUCUGACUCUGACUCUGACUCUGACACUGACUCUGACUCUGACACUGACACUGACACUGACUCUGACACUGACUCCGACUCCGACACCGACACUGACUCUGACUCUGACACUGACACUGACUCUGACUCUGACUCUGACACUGACUCUGACUCUGACACUGACUCUGACACUGACUCCGACUCCGACACCGACUCUGACACUGACUCUGACACUGACACUGACACUGACUCUGACACUGACUCUGACACUGACACUGACACUGACUCUGACACUGACUCCGACACCGACUCUGACACUGACUCUGACACUGACACUGACUCUGACACUGACUCCGACUCCGACACCAACUCUGACACUGACUCUGACUCUGACACUGACUCUGACUCUGACUCUGACACUGACUCUGACUCUGACACUGACACUGACUCUGACACUGACUCCGACUCCGACACCGACUCCAACACUGACUCUGACUCUGACACUGACACUGACUCUGACACUGACACUGACUCUGACACUGACUCCGACUCCGACACCGACUCCAACACUGACUCUGACUCUGACACUGACUCUGACUCUGACACUGACUCUGACACUGACUCCGACUCCGACACCGACUCUGACACUGACUCUGACUCUGACACUGACACUGACUCUGACUUUGACACUGACUCUGACUCUGACACUGACUCUGACACUGACACUGACUGUGACACUGACUGUGACACUGACUCCGACACCAACUCUGACACUGACUCCGACUCCGACACCGACUCUGACACUGACUCUGACUCUGACACUGACACUGACUCUGACUCUGACUCUGACUCUGACACUGACUCUGACUCUGACACUGACUCUGACACUGACACUGACUGUGACACUGACUGUGACACUGACUCCGACACCAACUCUGACACUGACUCCGACUCCGACUCUGACACUGACUCUGACUCUGACACUGACACUGACUCUGACUCUGACUCUGACACUGACUCUGACUCUGACUCUGACACUGACUCUGACUCUGACACUGACACUGACUCUGACACUGACUCCGACUCCGACACCAACUCUGACACUGACUCUGACUCUGACACUGACACUGACUCUGACACUGACUCUGACACUGACACUGACUCUGACACUGACUCCGACACUGACUCCGACUCCGACACCGACUCUGACACUGACUCUGACUCUGACACUGACACUGACUCUGACUUUGACUCUGACUCUGACUCUGACACUGACACUGACACUGACUCUGACACUGACUCCAACUCCGACACCGACUCUGACACUGACUCUGACUCUGACACUGACACUGACUCUGACACUGACUCUGACACUGACACUGACACUGACUCUGACACUGACUCUGACACUGACACUGACUCCGACUCCGACACCGACUCCGACACUGACUCUGACACUGACACUGACUCUGACUCUGACUCUGACUCUGACACUGACACUGACUCUGACACUGACUCUGACACUGACACUGACACUGACUCUGACACUGACUCCGACACCGACUCCGACACUGACUCUGACUCUGACACUGACACUGACUCUGACUCUGACACUGACUCUGACACUGACUCUGACUCUGACUCUGACACUGACUCCGACACCGACUCUGACACUGACUCUGACUCUGACUCUGACACUGACACUGACUCUGACUCUGACACUGACUCUGACUCUGACACUGACUCUGACUCUGACUCUGACUCUGACACUGACUCUGACUCUGACACUGACACUGACACUGACUCUGACACUGACUCCGACACCGACUCUGACACCGACUCCGACACUGACUCUGACUCUGACACUGACACUGACUCUGACUCUGACUCUGACUCUGACACUGACUCUGACUCUGACACUGACUCUGACUCUGACACUGACUCCGACUCCGACACCGACUCUGACACUGACUCUAACUCUGACACUGACACUGACUCUGACUCUGACUCUGACACUGACUCUGACUCUGACACUGACUCUGACUCUGACUCUGACACUGACACUGACACUGACACUGACUCUGACACUGACUCCGACACCGACUCUGACACUGACUCCGACUCCGACACCGACUCCGACACUGACUCUGACUCUGACACUGACUCUGACUCUGACUCUGACACUGACUCUGACUCUGACACUGACUCUGACUCUGACUCUGACACUGACUCCGACACCGACUCUGACACUGACACUGACACUGACACUGACUCUGACACUGACUCCGACUCCGACACCGACUCUGACACUGACUCUGACUCUGACACUGACACUGACUCUGACUCUGACACUGACUCUGACUCUGACACUGACACUGACACUGACUCUGACACUGACUCCGACACCGACACUGACUCCGACUCCGACACAGACUCCGACACCGACUCUGACUCUGACUCUGGCACUGACUCUGACACUGACACUGACUCUGAAUCCGACUCCGACACUGACACCGACUCUGACUCUGAAUCCGACACCGACUCGGACACUGACACUGACACUGACUCUGACUCUGACUCUGACACUGACACUGACACUGACACUGACUCUGACUCUGACUCUGACACUGACACUGACACUGAAUCCGACUCUGACUCUGACUCUGACUCCGACACUGACACCGACUCUGACACCGACUCUGACACCGACUCUGACUCCGACUCUGACUCCGACACUGACUCUGAAUCCGACUCCGACACUGACUCUGAAUCCGACUCAGACUCCGACACUGACACCGAAUCUGACACCGACUCUGACUCAGACACUGACUCCGACACUGACUCUGACUCCGACACUGACUCUGAAUCCGACACCGACUCUGAAUCCGACACCGACUCGGACACUGACACUGAAUCCGACUCUGACUCUGACUCCGACACCGACACUGACUCUGAAUCCGACUCUGACUCUGACUCUGACUCCGACACCGACACUGACUCUGAAUCCGACUCCGACACUGACUCUGACACCGACUCUGACUCAGACACUGACUCCGACACUGACUCUGAAUCUGACUCAGACUCUGACUCCGACACUGACACCGACUCUGACACCGACUCUGACAGUAACUCUGACACUGACUCUGACUCCAACACCGACUCCGACACUGACUCUGAAUCCGACACCAACUCUGAAUCCGACUCCGACACUGACUCUGACACUGACACUGACUCCGACACUGACACCGACUCUGACACCGACUGUGACUCUGACUCUGACACUGACUCUGACUCUGACACUGACUCUGACACUGACACUGACACUGACACUGACACUCUCUGA